AUUUUUUGAGAAGGAAAAAAAAAUUUGAAGGAAAAACAUUUUAUUUGAACCAAGUAAAGGUGUAAAAAUGGCACAUUAUAAAGGCGCUAUCUCCGAGGGAGGGAGAGCUAUGAAUUUGAUGAAGAAGAGACAGAAAGAACAGAAUGAAUUAGAAGUUAGAAAGAAGAAAAUAGAAGAUGAAUUAAAAGUUGGAAGUAUUGAUAAGAAAUUUGCAGCACAUUAUGAUGCUGUUGAACAAACCUUAAAGUCUUCUACAGUAGGUCUUGUGACCCUAGAUGAAAUGAAAGCUAAACAGGAAAGUGUUUUAAAAGAAAGAGAGAAACAACUUGCUAAGAAAAAUGCUGAAGCCAGAUUAGUAGAAAAAGAAAAAGAAGACAGGAAAAGAAAAGAACAGAAGAAGAUAACAUUAUUAUCAUUUGAUGUGGAAGAUGAUGAAGAAGAAGAAGAAGAGGAGGAAGAGGUAGAAAUUCCUACCAAGAAAAAAAGGCUGGGGAUGAAUCCUGAAGUUGACACCAGUUUUUUACCUGAUAGAGACAGAGAUGAAGAAGAAAAUAAAUUAAGAGAACAACUCAGACAAGAAUGGGAAGAGAAACAAGAACAGAUUAAACGUGAAGAAAUAGAUAUAACCUACAGUUAUUGGGACGGCUCUGGUCAUAGACGUACAGCUAGAAUGAAGAAAGGCAACAAUAUACAACAAUUCUUACAGAAGUGUCUAGAAAGCUUGCGUAAAGAAUUUAAUGAUCUGAAAUCAGUGACAGUCGAUCAGUUGAUGUAUGUGAAAGAAGAUUUGAUCAUAGCUCAUCAUUAUUCUUUCUAUGAUUUUAUUGUGACUAAAGCUCGUGGAAAGAGUGGUGCUUUGUUUAAUUUUGAUGUUUAUGAAGACGUGCGUAUGGUGAAUGAUGCCAAAAUAGAGAAAGAUGAAUCCCAUGCAGGAAAAGUUUGUUUACGUAGUUGGUAUGAAAGGAAUAAACACAUUUUUCCUGCUAGUAGAUGGGAACCCUAUGAUCCAGAGAAAAGUUGGGAUGGUUAUACAAUUUCUGAUAAAAAUGCAGCCAAAAUUUUGGUUAAAUAAAUCCAUAUUGAGAUUAUUGACUUCUGAUUACUGCAUGAGGUUUGUACACAAACUAAUCUUGAAUAAACAGACAAUAUAUAUUACGGAUCAUUGGUAUUGUGAGAGAUCUCACUAAAAUACUAAAUGUAUUCUCCAUUCAUUUAAUAAAAAUUCAGAAUAUUUAACAUGAA